ACGAUGGCGGCGAUGGUGUAUAAUGGGAAUUAAAUGAAAAUUCGCGAGUCUCCCGUCGAGCUUUCACGGUGGUGAUCCAGUUUCCGUAAAUCCGUCGCGGCGCGUCGCGUGCCAUCGAGUCCCUCGAAGCUGGGAUCGUUUGGGAGGGGGGGGGGUUGAAAUUUGGAUCGUGAAGCAUUCGCGGACGAACACUAUCGCGCGCGCGCGCCCCCGCGUCCAACUGACCGUGUAAAGUAUCCACUCGUCAUUUCCCGUCGACGAGAUGAUCGUGAACGCCGCGAGCCGGUUGUGCGUUUUGUUGCUGAUCGGUGUUCUCGUGAAAUCGGAACCCGCGCCACGCCCGCGACCCGCGCCAAUCUACACCAAUCAAUUUGCGGUACACGUGCCGGAUGGACCGGAAGCUGCAGCCGAUAUCGCCGCCAAAUACGAUUUCGACAAUUACGGACAGAUUGGAGCACUGAAGGAAUAUUUCCUGUUCGCCGACAGACGGCUUCACAAGAGAUCCCUCUCGAGCAGCGAGACCCAUCACAAGACGCUAAGGGAUGAGCCGAGGGUGCGGUGGUUCCAGCAGCAGCAUGAGAAGAGACGCAAGAAGAGGGACUUCGUGCCCACGUCGUACGCGUUCGGCGAUUAUCCGGCGUUUUUCGACGAGUUCGGCCCUCGUGCUAGGCAGGCCACGUUCCAUCGGCAAAGAAACAGGGAGAUACCCUUCCAGAACCUGUUCACGGAUCCGCUCUUUAAGGAACAGUGGUACCUGAACGGCGGGGCCAAGGAUGGCUACGACAUGAAUCUUGGCCCGGCCUGGCAGAAGGGUUACACGGGCAAGGGUGUCGUCGUGUCGAUCCUCGACGAUGGCAUACAAACGAAUCAUCCAGAUCUGGCGCUGAAUUACGAUCACCAGGCCAGUUGGGAUAUCAACGACAACGACAACGAUCCGAUGCCAAGGGACAACGGCGACAACAAGCACGGCACUCGAUGCGCCGGCGAGGUCGCCGCGGUCGCGUUCAACCAAUACUGCGGCGUCGGUGUCGCCUACAACGCAAGCAUCGGUGGCGUGCGAAUGCUCGAUGGCCCGGUAAACGACGCCGUCGAGGCCAGAGCGCUGGGAUUGAAUCCUGAUCACAUCGAUAUAUACAGCGCUUCUUGGGGCCCGGAGGACGACGGGAAAACUGUCGAUGGCCCUGGACCUCUUGCCAGGAGGGCGUUUAUUUACGGUGUAACGAGCGGUCGCAAAGGCAAAGGGUCGAUCUUCGUGUGGGCGUCGGGGAACGGCGGUCGUCACACGGAUUCCUGCAACUGCGACGGCUACACGAACAGUAUUUUCACGCUGUCCAUAUCGAGCGCUACCCAGGGCGGCUACAAACCUUGGUACCUCGAGGAUACGCCUGGCAACGACAAGGGCGUCGCGACCGUGGACAUGGACGCGAAGCUACGGCCGGAUCAUAUUUGCACCGUCGAACACACCGGGACAUCCGCGUCGGCCCCGUUGGCCGCUGGGAUCGCGGCGCUGGCGCUGGAAGCGAAUCCGAGCCUCACCUGGCGGGACAUGCAGUACCUGGUAGUGCUCACCUCUAGAUCUGGCCCCCUCGAGAAGGAACCCGGAUGGAUACUGAACGGAGUCAAGAGGAAGGUCUCCCACAAAUUCGGUUACGGGCUGAUGGACGCCGGCGCUAUGGUCAGUCUGGCCGAACAAUGGACCAACGUGCCACCCCAACAUAUCUGCAAGUCCGACGAGAUCAACGAGGAGAGACGUAUCGAUCCGACCUACGGUUAUACGCUGAGCGUCUACAUGGAUGUCACCGGCUGCGCUGGAUCCUUGAACGAGGUUCGAUUCCUCGAGCACGUGCAGUGUAAGGUCUCACUGAGGUUCUUCCCACGGGGUAAUUUGAGGUUGUUGUUGACCUCGCCGAUGGGCACCACGUCGACUUUGCUGUUCGAGAGGCCACGGGAUGUCCUCAGCGCGAACUUUGAUGACUGGCCGUUCCUCAGCGUGCACUUCUGGGGCGAGAAAGCGGACGGUCGGUGGACCCUGCAGAUCAUUAACGCCGGGAACCGGCAUGUCAACUCGCCCGGAAUCCUGAAGAAGUGGCAGCUGAUCUUCUACGGGACAGCGACGAAUCCGAUCAGGAUCCGGACACGACAAUUUAACCCGGUACAAGCGCAUUCUUCGUACGCCUCCGUGCAUUACCCAUUCACUGUAGACGAUGCUCCGCAAUCACACGGCCAUCGCGGCGACGUCGACUUCUUUCCUUCGUCUACCUUUCAGGGCUACCAGGGCCCGUACGUCGGCGCUGCCUCGAACGUCCAGGCGUCUGUCGCAACCCUGGACGGAUCAUCGGCGCCAAUCCUGACCAAUCGUCUGCCCGGCGACACGUCAUCCGCGUUCGACUCGCCGUCGUCCUCGUCCCAAGUCGGUGACGACUCGUUGGACGCCAUCAGAAAGAUUCUGCACGACUGCGAUCCACAGUGCGAUCCGCAGGGUUGCUACGGAAAAGGGCCCACUCAGUGCAUUGCUUGUAAAAAUUACCGACUCGACAAUACGUGCAUGAGUCGAUGUCCGCCGAGGAGUUUUCCGAACCAGGGCGGAGUCUGUUGGCCCUGCCACGAGUCCUGUGAGAUUUGCGCCGGGGCUGGCCAGGAUUCCUGUCUUUCCUGUGCACCUGCACAUCUCCGAGUCACCGACCUGGCCGUGUGUCUGCAGCAAUGCCCGGAAGGAUAUUACGAGAACACCGAGAACAGUACGUGCGUGCCCUGCGAGGCGAACUGCGCGAGCUGCCAGGAUAGGCCGGACAAAUGCACCAGUUGCGAGCAUCAUCUGGUGAUGUACGAAAACAAGUGUUACGCGGCGUGUCCCUUGUACACCUACGAGACGCAAGAUUACAACUGUGCCCUGUGUCAUUCCACGUGCGAAACGUGCAACGGCACCGCCGAGAACCAAUGCAUCUCCUGUCGGUCCGGAUUGUUUUCACUGAACGGAACCUGUCGAGCGUCCUGCCCAGCCGGUUACAGUGCCGAUAAAAAACGGCGUGAAUGCGUUCCCUGUCCGCCAGGAUGUGCGACUUGCGCGACCUCGACCUGCACAAGAUGCAUCGAUGAUUGGAGCAUAAACGAGGAGGGUCUCUGUGCUCCUGAACAACGCGACCGCUGUGACACGUCUGAAUAUUACGAAAGUGGUCACUGCAAACCCUGCCAUACGUCGUGCAAGACCUGCGCUGGACCCACCAAAGACCAUUGCAUUUCUUGUCAGAACUCCCUUCUUCUUCAGGGAAGACGUUGCGUCUAUCAGUGCGACGACGGCUAUUACUCCGUGGCUCAACCUUCGAGGCCAAUUUGCGUACUGUGCCUGCACACCUGCAAGACCUGCGUGUCACGAUUGAAUUGCACCGCCUGCCAAGACGGACUGCAGCUGCAGAGCGGAGAGUGCAGAUCGUCUUGCGCUCAAGGGUAUUAUAGCGAUAGAGGUCAAUGUGCCAAAUGUUAUCUAUCCUGUAACACGUGUUCCGGGCCCAGGAGGAAUCAGUGCGUGACUUGUCCUCGUGGUUGGCAACUGGCAGCGGGCGAAUGCCAUCCGGAGUGCCCCGAAGGAUUCUUCAAGUCGAACUUCGGUUGUCAGAAGUGCCAUCACUACUGUCGCACCUGCAAAGGAGAAGGACCGCUUGAAUGCACUUCCUGUCCACCGCACUCGAUGCUUGAAGGCGGCCUGUGUAUGGAAUGCCUCGGCGCACAAUACUACGACCCUCUGACGCAACUUUGCAAGACCUGCCACGCUGAUUGUCGAAGAUGCACCGGCCCUGGUAAAUUCAGCUGCGCGGCCUGCUCGCCGCCGUUGCACUUGGACAAGUUGAACAAUCAGUGUGUACCCUGCUGCACGGGCAACGAGAAGGGACCGCAGGCCGAGGAGUGCUGUCUUUGUGAUCCGCAGACUGGUGGCUGCAGGAACAGCUCGCCAGCUGGCAAAAGAAGAGUACCCGGGACAGAGUUCGCAUCGGCUGACUCGUCCAUCUCGGAAGUGUACGCAGCAAACUAUGAAGGAACCGCGACAGUUAAAGCUGAUUCAGCGUCAUUGGCCAUCACAGCGACCACCACCAUAGCUGUCGCCAUUUGUCUGGUUUCGGUCGCUCUGUUCGUGACUAUAUUCAUUGCACUUCAGGCAAUGUCGAGUAGAAGGGAAGCGAACAAGGGUUACACGCAGCUGGCGAUGAGGGUGGAACCCCCGGACGACGUUGACGCCGACGACAUGACGGAACUGAUGACCUAGACCCAUUAAUCAAGCCAACCAAUGACAGGACCUCUCGUCGAAGAGUCUGAUGAAGGUCGACCAGUCUCGAUCCACGAUAGAUCGAUGUGUUUGCGUGGCAUUAGAAACGCGUGGCGGUUUUAGCAGUCGAAGACCGAUCCAGCCACGCUCUGGUCCGAUCCAAGUGGUCCAAGGCGAACGAACAAAAACCGACACAAAAAAAAACACAGAUAAACAAAUAGAAAGAACAAAGUAUAGAAUGUAAAUCGAGAAGGAAGUAGAAAUUUUGUUGGGGGAUGGGGGAUGGGGCGAAGGAAAAUGGUGAGAAGAGACAAAGACAGAACGAUCGAAAGGGACAGGUGGGUGGUGGGGGAUGUGGAGGGGAGAGGAUGAUGAGAGACAAAGGAACAAGACGAAAAAUUCAUUCGAAACGUGAUAGUAAAGACACUUUUUUUGGGCGCACUGUAUUGGAGAAGUGUGGCUGUUGUUCACUUUUAUCGGUAGUGCGGUUGCGUGCGCGUCAGUGUGAAUGGCGGUGAACGAGAGUUGUCUAGGGUAUAACUUUUUAAAAAAAAAAAAAUAUAUAAGAACAAAUACGGUCAGGCGCGCGUCGCUGAUUCUUUCGAGUGCGCACAUUGUACCAAGUGUCGAAUGCCGAAUAACUGUAAUACGGAAGUACGACACAGCGAAACGAGCGGAAAAUGGGUGACGGACAUUAUAAAAGUGCUUGAUUUGCAACGACCCCCGUUUCAGCGCCGCGCUUCCGUCUUCCCAUUUUUUGGUGCCUUCUAUCGUGAACACACGUCGUCGUCGGACCGUUUGUCUCCAGCAGAAUCGAAAAGAACACGUUGACAAGCUCGACGGAAUAAUCGAUUUUUUUCAAUUUUAAUCUAUGACCUAACUCUAGAAACUGAAUGUCUAUAAAUAAUAACUACCCGAUAGUUUCUGAACCAACAUCGGCAGAGGUGUGUAAGUCACCAAUGAUCGAUAAAGGACACGUUCUGCAGUCGUGUAUGCGCGUUAUUGAUCCGAUUCAUGGGCCACAGUUGAAUUGCAAUGGCGUAUUUGUAAAACUAUGCGUUGACUAACGCCGGUGAUAGCGGCGAUUCGACAAAUUGCGGUGGUAAAGGGCAGAAAUAGGGAAGCGGAAGAUGAUUGUAACGAAAAGCUUAACGACACGCGAGAAAUUGACGGCGAAGGAUAUAAAAGGCGAAGGGAAUUUCCUUUCCCUCGAGCGAGUGUGAGAGAGUGAGAGAGACAGGAUCAAAAAGGGAAUGUUUGCACAGCUUCGUACUCGCGCAACGAACACCAACUCGGCAACCCUCGAAGAAUUGAAUAAGACCGCUGAUUUCUCGAUGAUGAUAAUCCGACGCCGUGUACCAAUCAUUCCGUCAUUUUCAACCAGUCGACAGUGAAUGUGCAUUUUUUUUUCUUCUCUCUUUUGUAACUGUUUGUUGUUGUUGCUGCAUUGUCUAUGCGUUUUGUUUUGUUUAGCGAUGUACUAGUGUUUCCGCGUUGCUCCUUGCUUCAUUUGUAUUAUUUCCUUUAACAUGAACAAAAAAAA